UCACGACAACAAAAUAACAUGUCUUUGUUCACAUCAUCACGCAUCAACCAUUAUAUUUUUAUCAUUGUUAGACUUGAUUCAAUGCCAUGUCCCCUCUGCUGCUAGAAUUAGCCUACUGCUGCAACUUGAUUACUAGUUUCUAAAACGCGUAUUCAGACUCGAAUAAAGUCUAUCUAUCCAACGACUGUUUUAUGUAUAGAUUUAGAAAACAUAGAACAAGAUGGCUGCCUCUGCGAAGUUGGAAGACAAGGCGAUUUGGGAAGAUGGAGAGGAGGCGCUGGGCGAAGAGGUGGUGCGUAUGUCAAACGAUGAAAUCAUCGGUCGGACGAGACUUCUUGACAAUGAAAUCAAGAUCAUGAAGAGCGAGAUCAUGCGGAUCCAGCACGAACUACAAGCACAGAAAGAGAAAAUCAAAGAGAACCAGGAGAAGAUCAAAGUGAACAAAACCCUGCCGUACCUGGUGUCGAAUGUGAUUGAGCUGCUGGACGUGGAGCCAGAGGACACCGGUGAAGCGGAGGGCGCCAACGUGGAUCUGGACUCGCAGCGGAAAGGCAAAUGUGCCGUCAUCAAGACGUCCACCCGACAGACGUACUUCCUCCCGGUGAUAGGCCUGGUUGAUCCUGAGCAGCUGCACCCCGGCGACUUGGUGGGCGUCAACAAGGAUUCCUACCUCAUACUGGAAACGCUGCCGCAAGAGUUUGAUUCCCGCGUUAAAGCCAUGGAAGUCGACGAGAGACCCACAGAGCAGUACAGCGACAUUGGAGGACUGGACAAACAGAUUCAAGAGUUGAUAGAGGCAGUCGUCCUACCGAUGACACACAAAGAACGGUUUGAGAACAUUGGUAUCCAGCCGCCAAAGGGUGUGCUACUCUAUGGACCGCCGGGUACCGGAAAGACACUCAUGGCCAGAGCAUGCGCUGCUCAAACGAAGUCAACAUUCCUGAAACUGGCUGGGCCCCAGCUGGUCCAGAUGUUCAUUGGCGACGGCGCCAAGCUGGUGCGAGACGCCUUCGCCCUGGCCAAGGAGAAACUGCCCGCCAUCAUCUUCAUCGACGAGCUGGACGCCAUCGGCACCAAGCGCUUCGACAGCGAGAAGGCCGGGGACCGCGAAGUCCAGCGCACCAUGCUGGAACUCCUGAACCAGCUGGACGGGUUCAGCUCCAGCGAGGAGAUCAAGGUCAUAGCUGCCACAAACAGAGUGGACAUCCUGGAUCCGGCCUUGCUCCGCUCCGGCCGAUUGGACAGGAAGAUUGAAUUCCCGAACCCCAACGAGGAGGCCCGGGCAAGAAUCUUGCAGAUUCACUCCAGGAAGAUGAACGUUGGAACUGACGUUAAUUUUGAGGAGUUGGCUCGAUGUACAGACGACUUCAAUGGAGCUCAGUGCAAAGCAGUGUGUGUCGAAGCGGGCAUGAUUGCUUUAAGACGAGGUGCGGUGGAGCUAGCUCACGAAGACUACAUGGAUGGCAUCUUGGAGGUCCAAGCAAAGAAGAAAGCCAACUUGAAUUACUACGCUUAGAGGAACUUACUAAAAAAAAAAAAGGGGGAGGGGGGCGCUAUAACACGGAGAUACUAUAUGCAAGGGUAGAUCCUUGGGGGGGCUAACAAUUUGUUUUUGUCAUCAGAAGACUUUGUGGAUGCCAAAUGUGAUUUGAUCCAGUUGUCUUUGGAGUUUGAGUGCUGUUACUAUUGGUAACAAAGAAAAUGCAUGAAAGCAAAUGAUCCAACAUGUAUGCCUUUAACCCUUUAGUCACUGUAGUGUUCGAAACUGCCCUGCCUACAACAGUCGAAUCUCGUUAGUACAAAAUUCUGGUUAUAACAAAACAAAAAGCCUUAGUCCCGACUGUGCAUUUAUGUGCACAAUGAAUGGGACUGAUGUUCCUCUUAAUACAGAAUUCCAACAAAUAAAAAACAAUUUGGCUAAGCCGAAAAUUCAGCCAGAAUAAUUCCUGGUGAGCACUGCUUUAACUUUUGUUUUCAUCACUUAUACUUUUCUUCAGUGCUAAACAAUUUGGCUAGGUCCGAACGAGUUUGUAUUAACAAGACUCGACUGUACUCACUGUAGCACCUGAAACCACCAGAGCACUCCACAGGUGUAUUGAUUUUU